AUGCAGACGCUUCACCAGACGUUGGGCCGGCGCUACCCUGUGUGGGCAGUGAGCCAUGCUGGCCACUGUGUGCCUCCUGAUACUAUGGACAUGAUUGAAGGUACAUAACUAAUUCAUAUCUCUUAUUGAGAGUGCUUUGUGCAGCUGGACUUUCUAUGAUUCCUUAUUGCUGGUGUAUCCACACUGAUCCACUUCCACUUAUCCACAUCAACAGCACAUCUUCUGACCACUGAUGACUGAUUAGCUAGCUUUGAAAUGGGCAGAUCCUUGUUAGCUCACUCUCCAAUACUAAAGACGACACUAAGGAUGGCGCAGGAGAAGAGGAAUGUUAGCUGAGCUGGACGAGUUAGCCUGAGCCAAGGGGCCUCUCCCUCUCCCUCACCCUCUCCAGCCAGCACCAGCAUGUGAGCCCUGUAAUAUUCAUUCAUAAAGCAGUGAGGACGUUUUUAUUGUGCCUGAUACGUGGGAAAGACAUUACCAAGCCCUCACAUGUAGUACGUUAAAUCCCUUUUCUGAUGGCUCAUGAGAUGGAUGGGACGGUACAGUUUGGAUCUGUCCAUCUUGAGAAGGACAAAUUAUAUCCAUAUUGAGGGUUUGUAAAGGACAAAUAAGUGUCAGAAGGUGUAACAUUCUGUCAAAGUGUAGCCCGGUAGGUAGCCUCAUUUGAGAUGUGCGAUAAUUAGCAUGAGUUCUGAUGAUAACUUGAAGGAAGCCUUGAUUUCCAGGCUUCUCUUCACAUAGCUCAAAGGCCUGGAGACUACGUGACUUUGUCAUGUCAAUCAUGUCAAUCAGACAACCUAUUUUGACCAUAUACAGUGAGGGAAAAAAGUAUUUGAUCCCCUGCUGAUUUUGUACGUUUGCCCACUGACAAAGACAUGAUCAGUCUAUAAUUUUAAUGGUAGGUUUAUUUGAACAGUGAGAGACAGAAUAACAAGGUGAGAACCUCCAUCCCUCAGCCAGGGCAUUGAAAAUGGGUCGUGGAUGGGUAUUCCAGCAUGACAAUGAAAGGAGUGGCUCAAGAAGAAGCACAUUAAGGUCCUGGAGUGGCCUAGCCAGUCUCGAGUUGCCAAACGUCAACCUCGAAACCUUAAUGACUUGGAGAAGAUCUGCAAAGAUGAGUGGAACAAAAUCCCUCCUGAGAUGUGUGCAAACCUGGUGGCCAACUACAAGAAACAUCUGACCUCUGUGAUUGCCAACAAGGGUUUUGCCACCAAGUACUAAGUCAUGUUUUACAGAGGGGUCAAAUACUUAUUUCCCUCAUUAAAAUGCAAAUCAAUUUAUAACAUUUUUGACAUGCGUUUUUCUGGAUUUUGUUGUUGUUAUUCUGUCUCUCACUGUUCAAAUAAACCUACCAUAAAAAUUAUAGACUGAUAAUUUCUUUGUCAGUGGGCAAACGUACUAAAUACUUUUUUCCCUCACUGUAGAUACCAAGGUUGAAUUUGCAGAUGUCAGAUGAUUAUGGUCAUGACACUAUUUUUAAAAAUGUUGUAUUAUAAUGCGAAAUAAUGAUGUAAUACUUAGUAUUUUCCAGAGGUUUGGUAGAGUUGGUCUAGAUUAUAUAGACAUUCAUGUAACAAAGUGAAGCAUUGAACAGUUCCUGUUUUAUUGUGAACACAUGGCACACACUUGUCGAAACUUCCAACUCAUAAAUGAUUAAUGGAACACACAAGGCAAAGUCUGGAGAUAGUCAAUAGAUACAGUAAAAAUAAAAUCAGACAACCCUGCCAAUUCGUAGCAUGUCAUCCGAUCAUCAGAGAGAAUAAAUGAAAACCACUCUGUUCAGCCUGGUGUUCCAGGGGGUGACAAUGAGCAGCAGCCCUAUCUCAAGAUGGGCAGGGGAGGACUCAUAUUUUACCCCAAAACCUCAUCUGAUCUGAACAACGGCCCUGAUUAAGACCAGAGAAAGGCUCAAAUUGUCUAGCAGCAAGUCCUGUGUUCAUCUCAAUAGUCCUUCAUCAAUUUGGUGAGAUGCCCUUAUCCAGGGAAAUCUGCUCACUAUGAUUAGGAUUAACUGUAAAUACUAGUAAAUAAUUUUUCUGCUUGGGACUUUGAUUACCAGGCUAGACCUGCACGCUCAUGUGGUCAUCAUGCAGUAUUAGUCUAGCAUUACUAACUAGGUGUUCACCCUUUGGUUGGCACUUUCCAUAUCCACUCGACUAUUACCCACAUCCAACACGGAAACACAAACAUGUCUGACAUAUCGGCUUCCUUUUCACCCCUCUUCUGCGGCUUCAAUCCAAGCCUUUGGUGAUUUACUACCCUGGUCAACCCCUUGAAUGCUUGCCAUUGAUUUACAACUCGUCAAAGAGCAUUCAGUUUGCUGAGGGAUAGGGUGGCAUCGUAGAGCAGUGGCCUCUGAAACCUCUGGGACGUCCAGGGAAAGGCCUCGCCGAUACAGAGAAACCCAUACAGCAUUGAUUGGGCCUCCUCUGACUUUCCAGUGACUUGUGCAAAUUAAAGACUGGCAGUUAUUAUUAUUAACAGCUAAUGCAUACUUGAUGAAGUUGAAAAAAAAGUUGUACGGUUUUGGAAAAACAAACAAAGAGUUAAAAAAAAGUGCAGCAUUAAAGGUUCUAUUCCAAAUCGUCCAGUGGUAGAAGUGUUCCUGUGGUAAGGCAAGUUUUGCUUGAUGGUUUUUAUGACUGUAAAAAUAUCUGUUAAUGCAAACACAGGGAACAUUCUCCCAGUGCCAACGUCAGUAAUCCAUUCCUGGGUCACGGGAUCCUCCAUGGGCCUCAGAUCUCAUUCAUUUUGUCAGAAUGAGUUUGCAACGCUACUUUUCACCAGCAACUUUCUCACUUUGAUAUGGCUAAAUUGCACACUAUUAAUGUCCAGAGUACUAAAACAUGCAUUCAGAAAAUGUAAUCCCCCCCCCAAAAAAAAAAAAUGCUACACCAGCCAAGGUCUAAUAUCACAAGAGGUUUUUAUGGAGUCUCUCUGAUUCCAAUUAUGCUCCCACCGCUAUCGUCGGUCUCGACUACAACUCCAUGUGAUUUGUGCCAUGAAUAUUGGUUGAUUGUUUGAGCAUAUCUUUUGAAAAUAAGUGUUGGAGACAAAUGGCACAAAGCAGUAGAAAUUUGCAAUAAUGACUGUACCACCACUUUAUGACAUUUUGGUCUGAUGCCCAGCCUUUCAAUCUGAUCAAAUAAUUUCAAGACAACCUUCACUUUAUCUUGUUUCUUGAUCUCUCGUUUUUUAUGCAAGGUUGACAACUGUGGGCUAUCACUGUGGUACAGAUGUUGAACCCAGCUUCACAAACCCUUUUGAGAAGGAAGUUUGUAAGCUGAGAGGAAGUAUGCACAAUGCAGUGCAGGACCGAGGCUGUUGCUAAUCUCCUUCUCAUCUCUUUCUCUCAAAACUAUACUGAGAUAUGUUCAUACCGUAUCCUCGCCAGCUUCAUUAAUGGCACAUUAUUCAGAGGUCCUCAAGAUUUGCAAGUGCAACCACACCCAAUUACAGAGGAGAGAGUUUAAAAAAGAGCCUACACCUCCCAUGUUGCAAUCAGUAACACCACAAGUGAGCUUUCUUUUGACACAUAGGAAAUAAGUUACCUUUUCCCUGGAAGAAAAAAUGCAGCACACAUUUAUUGCACAUUUGUGAGAAGGCUUUAAUCGCUUAACGGGCUGCCCCAGCCUCCUGUCUUUCUCUUGCCAAGAGGAUCAUUAUGUUAUGGGAAUUUGUCUUUGCCAUAUGUUAUUCUUUAUUGACUCAUUAAUCACAAUUUGCACUCAUUUUGUUUUUUCCAUUAUACAGUAAGCAUAUCCCCAACCCCCACAACCUUCCCCACCCGAUUCUUAUGCUGUCUGCACAGAACGCCUGCUCCAAAUUCCACUCUGAAAGAAUAAAACAUCAAGUCCCUCACCAAAUAUGUUAAAUUCUAUGGGGAUAGAUUUUUUAAUUAUUAAAUAAAUGUUGAAUGUGUCUUUUCCCACCCGCUAAGUCCCGUCCACCAUCACCAUAGACACAUUCUAUACUAUAUUCUAUACUUCCGUCCGGUCUUUCUUGCCCUCUCUUUCAUCAUCUCUCCAUCUCCUUUUCUCAUACCCUCUCUCUAAUCCUAACAUUGUCUUGGAUUUGACUGCUCUGCACAGGUAGGGAAUUGUUAACUGCUUCCUUCAAAGCUUUUUCUGGGGCUAGAUUUACAGCAUUAUAUGAUAAAGUAUCGUUAAAUAUCUUUCCAAAAAGAUUACAGAAAUUAAAUCAAGAUGUUUCUGGAAUACUUCCUUACUUCGAUUUCCCUUUGGAUGUUCUUGUUUUAAUUUAGUUAUCAAAGGGUCCUGAGUACUACUAAUGAGAGGACAGUGAACAUUACCAUAACAUGAUGUCCCUGGUCCUAUGUUGGGGUGAUCCAUGUGCUGGUGCUGCCAAAUGUAAAUAAAGACUAUCUUGUGUACAGAGACAUUGAUGAAUGAUGCUGGUUUCAUGUCCUUGAUCAGAAUGAUUUGGGCGAUGGUGAAGUAGAUGAUGUCAUACUGAUGUAAUACUGAAUACUAAUGAUGAACCUUGAUCUUUGCAGACCCAUCAGUGACGGCAGCGGGGGACGUGUUUGGUCUGAACGGGCAGAUAGAGCACAAGCUGGCCUUCCUUAGGGAGCACGUUCCCAGGGACACUCGCCUGGCCCUGGUGGGCCACUCCAUCGGCUGCUACCUCAUCCUGGAGAUGAUGAAGAGGGAUCCUGAGCUGCAGGUGAGACCCCACUUUGAUUCAAGUACUAUUAUAGAAGUGAAGUUGUAG